AUGAACAGAGCUCUGGAGGUUGCAAAUAUCACCUACUUCCUGUAUGGUAGCAGUCUUCUGGGCUCCUUCCGGCACCAUGGUCAGGUGCCGUGGGAUGAUAGUUUUUCUGUUAUGGUCAACGGUUCUCAGCGUCGUCUUGUGGAUCAUACUCUACGCAGUUUCGACUUCAGCUUUGACUUGUAUGCGCCGGAGAAAAGCGAGCGGAAACCGUGGAGAUAUUUUCACAAGAUUAUCGGCCGGACAAGCCUCCCCCAACACCCGUACGGAUGGCCGAACGUGGCGAUAUAUUUCUUUGCCGAGAACGCCACACACAUUUGGAAUGAAUUUUCCGAGCCAGGUCAAAAGUCAGUCUACCGCAAGGAUAAAGUGUUCCCCCUCCGGCAACGACCUUUCUCAUCGUUACGUCUCUACACGCCAUGCGACCCUCGUCACAUGAUCGACGAUCACGAACUGGAGGAAUGUCGCUCGAGCAGGAGGUGGCAUAAAUUUGAACGGCCUCUCCCCACAGAUACCUGGCUGAGUAUUCCAUGGAUAUACACUUUCUUCCUCUCUUUGGUUUUCUUCUUCUUUUCUUCUUCUUUACACAAUUCAACUUGUAACAGAGAUAUACACUUUCUUCCUCUCUCUGGUUUUCUUUUUUCUUUCUUUCUUCUUCUUUACACAAUUCAACUUAUAACAGAGAUAAAUACUUUCUUCCUCUCUGGUUUUCUCUUUUCUUCAAACGCAGGCUGUAUUCUCAGCGUACAAAUUUCUCUGCGUCUUCAAUUUGGGGUUAUCGAACAGAAAUACUUGCUCCUAUAUUUCUUGUCCGGAGUUGCCUGGGAUGAAUCGGACAAGUUCCAUCAUUAUCUAUUAUUAUGA